AAAAAAGAAAACAAGCACAGAAAAAUGAGGCACCUUGCCAAACUUCCGCUUCGAUUCUCGGAUUCAAAGUGCUGCCAAGGAUCUCAGUACCGGCGAUGUCAACUAACUUUUGAAGGUAGACUACUACUAGCUAGUAUGCGUGAUGAGCUGCGUGAUGUAUCUUUGGGAGACAACAACCUGGAGCCUCUCACUGUGCAUGUUUCUAUGCUCUAGCUAGUACAUAUUCAACUGGGUUUCACAGACGUUCUCGCUCCUGCCGGCAACCUGAGUAUGUUUCCCUUCGCUUUGAAUUCUCUCAUAAAAAGUGAUCCUCGGAGCUUCCUCGGCAACCAUUCCUCUGAUUGCAGCAGCUUCAGAUUUUCCCUAGCUACUAGGCAGUUGAAAUUUUGUAACCAUGAUGCGGUCCUUCCUUUUGUUUUUGACGGCUCUGGUCCCUGCCACGGCGACGGAGACCUGCUUGUCCAAUGAAGCCUUGAACGCAGAAUUCAUGUCUGGGGUCGAGGAGCCAACCUGUUGUCAGAACGAUGUCUGCGCGAUCCCCUGCCCUGAGCCUGUCUCGGAUCCUGCUGUCGGCUUCAGUGUUGCCAUUAUCGCUGCCAUCGCCGUCUCUUUCUUGAUUGGUAUGGCUACCCUCUUCCUUGUGCAAGGAAAAGCCGAGAACUUCUUCGUGGCCGGUCGUUCGUUGCCCUUGUGGAUUGUGUCCAUGACCUUGGGUGCUCAGUCCAUUGAUUCCAACGCGCUGUUGGGAAAUGUGGAUCUUUCCUACAAGUACCAUUUUUGGGAUGGCGCCGUUCUCCCCAUUGGAUUGGGUCUCUCUCUCAUCCUGAAUGGAGUUUUCUUGGCCGGCCACAUUAACAAAGAUUAUCACGGAGUUUUGACCUUGCCUGAUAUUCUAGCCAAGCGAUACGGCAAAGUGGUGGAAAUUUUGGUUUCGCUGGCCACUAUCAUCUCCUUCAUGAUGUUGCUGGCAGGAAAUCUUUACGGAAUGGGAACCAUUUUCAGCUACCUCUGGGGUGUGUCCACCGAAGCAGGAGUCUGGACGGCUUCCACCAUCAUUUGGGCAUACACUGUCAGUGGAGGUUUGUUCUCGGUGGCCUACACAGAUGUCUUCCAGGCCAUUAUCGGUUGGUCGGGAUGUAUCGCAUGCGCCUACUACAUGGUUGUCAAUGAAGAAACGAAAGCCCCGCCCCCGUCCAUUGGCUUUGCUGGGUACGUUUACCCUGACGGCUUUGGUGACGGUGGCGCUUGUGACAUGUACGCAGGUGUUCCGUGUUUGAAUGUGGAGGAUGCGUGCUGCUACAACGUCGAUAAGUGGUGCCCCAGUGCAGACAACUGCACGGCAGACAACGGAGCGUACCCAUUUGGUGACCAGAGAGUCUUCCAGGGACAAAUGACGGAUCACUUGUCCUUGGCGCCCUUCCCCAAUGCUAUCAUGUGGAAUUGGGCAACUAUCUUCAUUCUCGGAUUUGGUAACCUUGCCGCUCUUGAUUUCCAGGCUAGGUGCAUGGCUGCAAAGACUCCCAGGACCGCCCAACUUGGAUGCAUCAUCGGAGGACUAUUCACUUUCUUUGUUGGUGUACCUUUUGCUUACCUCGGUGCCAUUACAAGAAACCAUUACGGUCCUGAUUCCGUCCAUGCACAAUUCGAAGCUGACACAUGCAGCACCCUUUUGGGCCUUCCAACAUGUGCCAUGUGGGUCCCGGAUUCUAAUGCCUUUAUCAAACUCUUGACUCAUGAAGCGCCCUCCUUCCUCGGUGGCUGGUGUCUGUUUGGUAUUGUGGCAGCAUCCAUGUCAACGGCGGAUGGAGCUAUUCUUGCAAUGGGUACCGUCUUUUCCCAUAACCUCAUGAGGCAGUUGGAUGGGUGGUACCCCAAUUUGAUCACCAACGAUAACCUUCUGAACAUGGCCCGUGGUGCUACCAUUCCGUUGACCCUUUGUUCCACACUGAUUGCAGCUUAUUUUGACUCGGGUCACCCCGCCGGCUCCACCGGAUACCUGCUUAUUGUCGCAUUCGAUAUCGUCCUUGCUACGGUCGUGGUUCCUCUCUUUGGUUGCUAUUACACCAAAACACCUCGUCCCAACGCGGCACUCCUAGCGUGUGUUUCCGGUAUUCUGACACGUGUGAUUUUGGAGUUCACCUUGCCCAAGGAUGGAUUUCUUCUUUUGCCUUACAAAGAUGACGAGUUCCUUGACUACGGAUCGGCUGCCAGUUCCGCCCUUCCCGUGUUUUUCGACAACAGUACUGAAGUGCUUUGGGACCCAGAAGUCGAAAUGUGCGACCAGCGACGAUUCGAGGAUUACACCGGAGUGGAUUCUUUGGCUGCAUUCCUUAUGUCGUUUGUGGUGUUUGUGCUUGUCCAAACGGCUGAGCACUUCAACGGAGGCCCCUUGUUUAUCCUUCCAGGAAUGACUCCUUACAUCAAGGACUUGGGUGAAGAGGAAGAAGAGGAGGGUGAAGUUGUUGAAGGUGAGGUCAAUGAGAAGAUGAUCGACGGAUCAAAGAAGGAUAUGUCGGAAAAGCUGUCGGAUGAGAUUUCCGAGGUUUCAGCCUAAUAGGAGGAUGCCUUUAUUGGUGAGGGAAGCGGCUCGUUUCUUUUGUUUUCAUGGAUGACACCAAUCUACAUUUUUCAUACAUAUCACACAAACAGUACUGAAUGUUUCAAUCAACCUGUUGUUGAAGGUUGGCUAGCUAAGCUUGUGGUCUAUCCUCGUUUUGAAUGGGACGAAACAAAUGUCCGGGUACCUUGUAUUUGCAUUUUAAUGAUCUCUAGGAUCUAAUCAAUUUUACUUUGAUUCUCUCGGUCUUCGAGGAU